AUGGGAGAAGACAAGACGAACAACAAACCGGUCAUCGUGAUCGUGCCGGGCUCAUUCUCGAAUGCUUGUUCAUAUUAUGCUCUGGUCGACAGGAUCCAAGGCCUCGGAUACGAGACAUUCGUCAACAACCUCCCUUCGACGUCUCGCCAUCCUCCUGAAGAGCCCGCGAAUCUCCAAGACGACGCUGGGUUUUUCAGGAGUAUUAUUGAGAAGCUCGCGGACCAGGGUAAAAAUGUCGUGGUUGUUAUGCAUUCGUAUGGUGGUUUGGUAGGUAGCGAAGCCGUUAAGGGGACGGCGAAAGCCGAUCGGCAGGCGAGUGGGAAGCCUGGGGGAGUCGUCAAAUUGAUCUACCUCACUGCGACGGUACUUCCUGUGGGAGGUUCAAUGAAGAGUGAGUCGGGGGAUCCACCAUCCGGGCUGAUAGAAAUGGAUCAGAAUGGGUUCAUGCGGAUCGUUGGCGUGGAGGCAGUCGCCCAAGCAGCCCUUUCGGACGUCCAAUUCGACAGGGCAGUAGAUAUCGUCAGAGAGAUGCCGAGACACUCGGCACUCAGCUUUGCUGGCGAGUUAACGUAUCCUGGUUACAAGCACAUACCAUCAUCGUAUAUAUGCUGCGAAAACGACUGCCUGGUUUCACCAGAAAUUCAACGCAAAUACAUCGAUAGGAUCAGAGAAGCAACUGGAAAGGAGGUCGAUGUCCACAACCUGGAUACAGGCCAUGCUCCGAAUAUCAGUGCAACGGAGAAGCUUGCACAACUGCUCGUCGAUGUCGUAGGGGCCUCGGUUUGA